GGAAGGAAAAAAGCCCGCAGGAAAACGAAGGUGUAGGGAGAGCGUGAGAGGUACGCGAGCGGAGGACAAGUGGUACCAUCCAAUUCCAAUCCGCCACAAAGAUGCGUUGGAUUUUUGGUUCAACAAGCAACAGCAAUCAUGGCGGUGUCUUUAUUUCUACAAGUCUUGUGCGUUGCAUUGCAGCUGCGAGCUGGCUACCUACACUGACAGAGAGUGUGAAAGAGACGACUGGGAGAUUCAGACGCUCCUCCUCCUCCUCCUCCUCCUCCUCCUGCAUUCGCCGUUUGAGCUCACAGUCUCUCACUCGCGGUCCUGCCCGCUCUCGGAUCUCUCAGCCUGAAAGCAUAAAAAUUUCUACUUUUUAGCAGCCUCGGCACACACUCUCUUUGUCUCUGCUCAGUUGAAAAUGGAGGCGGAAAUUGAUGCUGGUACACCCUUGGACUACGCUGAAUUUCAGAUUUUUCCGUCCCAGAACAGGUAUGAGGCGCUUGUUUCCAGUGACGGAGAAGUAGAAAAGUUAGCAGGCGGGGCACUUGAACCGUUGUUGCCACAUUUUCCGGAAGUAAAUGAAUUGCAUUCCAAGGGAUCAAAUGCUAACCUCACACUCCGACUUCCUAAAAGCCUGCAUGGUGCUGCCUGGUUCACGAAAUCAACUUUAACCAGAUUCCUGCAAAUUACUGGUUCACCAGAAGUAAUGCAUACUGUUACUGCUACUGAAAAAGAAAUAUCUCAAUUGGAAGACGCCAAAAAGUUUCAUGUUUCUUUAUAUGGCCAGUCUGAAGCUGAGAUUGCACCAUCAGAUGCUUCGAAGAACGAACUUUUGCAGGCUCUGGACUUGAGGCUUACAGCAUUAAGAAAGGAAUUAACUACUGCUAUUGAAAAGGCUUCUCAUUCCUCAUUCAACUCUAAGGAGAUUUCAAAUUUAGCAAUUUUUUCUCAACAUUUUGGAACAACAGAUUUCAGGAAUACUCUGUUCAAGAUUUUAGAACAGUAUCAACAAGGCAAGAGCAAUGAUCCUCAAAAUGAUGACAAGUCGGGUAAUUUUGGAGAUGACAAUGUUGAGACGGAUGGGAGUGCUCAGAUAUCCAAGCCGAUGAAUUUCGCUACGCCAGUAAAAUAUAGUGUUUCACCUGCAAAAGCUGCCCAGGUUGAGCGACAGAGUUCAACCGAAAGCGGGGAGUCUUCUGAGUCAAGUGACGAGGAGCGAACAUCUGCAGAAAGAAGUCGGAGUCUUAUGAGAAGUGCCGCACCUAGAAGGUCAGCAUCUCCAAUGCGGAGGAUUCAAAUAGGAAGAACUGGGUCACGCAGAGCUGCUGCAUUAACUAUUAAGAGCCUCAAUUACUUUCCUUCUAGGGAAAAGCCUUUUUCAGAAGAGGGUGAACCUGAACACUCAAACAAGAAAUCUGAGAGCAAUGCACGAAGGAUGAGUGUUCAAGAUGCAAUUAGUCUUUUCGAAAGCAAACAAAGAGAUCAAGCUGCUGCCGAUGCUCAAAAAAGGAGCUCGUUAACAAAUAUGUCUGUGAGUACAAAUAAAGCUGUAUUAAGAAGAUGGAGCUCGGGUUUGGGGGAAACUUCCACCCAUAGUCAAUCUGAAAUUGCCUCUGGUGACAGUGGUCCAGUGACUUCCAAUGAUAUAAAGAAUGGUGAGGCGCCAACAUCUUCAGAAGAAAUGAAACCAGAGCCUGAUCUUUUAGCCACAGAUCAAAAUACUAUUGAAGCUCCUAAACAGGCAGUUAACGAAGGAAGAUUUGAGAAAAAUUUAUCUAGUCCAAUUGAUACUGAAGCAGACUCUACUAUAACUCUGGGAGAGAAAAGUAAUCGAAAACCAAUAGCUUCAAUGGAAUGGAGUCAAGAAAGGGAAGCAGGAAUUGAACCAAAUGCUGAUGAAAAUGAUGGAAACUAAACCUGUUAAGCCUGUGAAGCCUGUUAAAUCU